AUGCUCGCCUGUGGUCUUCCAACCUCGUUCAAGAAACAUAUAAAGCUCUCCAACUCAGUGUGUUGCAUACACGCCUCCAACUCGAGCACUCGCAUCGUUCUUUUCUUUGCUAUGUCAUCCGACUCCAGCUCAAAUCGUUCAUACUACGUUUACCAGAAUACUUAUGGUUUCCCAGAUCCUACGCACGAUUCCUCGGGGUCUGACCGCCACCCUCGUGAGCUCGGUUUUCUAACUGACACUGAAUCGGAUGGGACUGGCGGGGGGCCAUUAUUCCAGCGACAUCCAACGAGAUCCAGCCUUGUGGACCUGGGCAUCCCCAACGCACAGAGGGCCUAUAUUCCGUCAAGUCGUUCAGAACAACUUCGGUUGGGAUUUUAUGGUAACAAUCACUUUGGGAGCACCGGCGCCUAUCCUACAUCCCAGAAUGGUCCCAACCACAACUCCCCUGCGCACCGUCUUCCGUCAGGUUAUUCGCAACAGUUUCAGGCAGGGUUUCAGGCUCACAAUCACGCUGGGAGCACCGUUCCCUAUUCGGCUGGUGGAACUCACUCUCGAACGAGCUCAGGUUCCUCUCAUGGUAGUGGAUAUGCGUCCUCUCGUAGUAGUGGAAGUGGAUACACGUCCUCCCGUAGCAGUGGUAGUGGAUACAUGUCCUCUCGCGGCAGUGGGUAUGCGUCCUCUCACGGUAGUGGACAUGCGUCCUCUCGUAGUAGUGGUAGUGGAUACACGUCCUCUCGCGGUAGUGGAUAUACGUCUUCUCGUGGAUAUGAAGCGAGCGGAAGUGAAUCUGAUCAUUCUGGCGAGGAAACCGGCACUAAUCACCCUGUUACGGGUCAUGUUCCUCCUGGUCAUUCCGCCAACGCUAAUCAACCCGCUGCAGGUCGGGCUAUAGGACAUCGCCGCGACCCAUUGGGUUCUGUUUUUGGUGGUGGACAGUACGCCGAGCUCAAUCAAGCUUCCACGACGGCCACUGUCACGACUGCUGGUGGCUCUACCUCGAACUCCAUGUCGGAAUUGUCGCAGACACUGUUCUGGGUCUGUGAAUACUGCGGUGAACAAAUACCGGGCACAGUUACGAAUACGCACUAUUCUCAAUGCAACGGCUUCAGAUAA